AAAAUAGAAAAAAAAAAAUACAACAAAAUCAGCAGUCAUUUUUCACAACUAAUGUCAAAAUAUUUGAGUAUUUUUUAACGAAAAUAAUGCCAUAUCAUGAGGAAAAGUAGCAUAAUUUUAGGAACAUAAUGUUGAAAUGUUCAAGAAAAAAUGCUCAAAACAUAAAAAUUGUAAUUUUGGAAAAAUUUCACGUUGGCACCAUGAGCGUCGUGCGAUUUUUGUCAAAUUUAAGCACAAUUUUUCUCUUUCUUUGGCCUGUGGCGCAGUCUUAAAAGAGAAUUUAACAAGAAAAUAAAUUUUAAAAAACACACACAAAAAAUGGGAAAAUCUGCAUAAUUUUACAAUAAAAAAACUAAAUAUUAACAGAAAAAAAUAUAUAAUCUAAUGAGGAAAAAGUCAUAAUAUUGUGACGAAAAGUAAAGUAAUUAUAUCAAGUUGAAAUAUAAAAAAAAGAUUUUUCAAGUCAUAUAUGAAAUAAUGAAAAAGUGAUUAAUGUUAUAAGAAAAGUCAAAAUAUUAUGGGAAUAAUCUCAUAAUAUUACAAGAAAAAUGUCAAAAUUGUUAUAAAAACGAGGACAAACAGCUUUUACCAGAAUAAAAGUUUAAAUAUUAAAGAGAAAAAAAGUCUAGCGAAAAAAGUUGCAAUAUUAUAUGAAUAAACUUGCUAUAUGAGGGGAAAAUAGUCAGUAGUGAUCUUAAAGAAAAAAGACAUUUUUCAGUCCGAAUAUUAUGAGAAACAAUACACAAGUUGUAGUUUUUGGAAAAUUAGGUUGUUGGAAAAGUUAAUAAAUGGGAAUAAAGUCAAAAUAUUCUGGAAAUAAAAUCAUAAUUUUACAACAAAAAAAAGAAAAAAUGUUAAAAUAUUUGGAAAAAUUAAGAGAAACAAUUGAGUAUACUUAAACUGUAUAUAUAACUUCUUAGCAUGUGUUGCUUUACUAAAUAUCAUUUUUCACUGUAUUACUUUAUUCUCCUAAGUUUAAAACUUUAUUCUCCUAAAUGUAUAACUUUAUUCUCCUAAGUUUAAAACUUUAUUCUCCUAAAUGUAUAACUUUAUUCUCCUAAGUUUAAAACGUAAUUAUCCUAAAUGUAAGUUUAAAACUAUGCUAUGGAAUAUAUAUUUCAUCCACACGGUGGCGCCAGAGGCCAAACUUUGUUGUCUAUGUGAAUUGACACUUUGUGUCCUUUGGACCCCAGAGAAGGAAGUGUUGUACACUGUGUGUGUGUGUGUGUGUGUGUGUGUGUGUUGUGAGAAACAAGGAACACUUCCUGGACGCCUCCCAAAACCUCAAGUCUGCCCUUCAUGGCGGUUAGUGGGCGGGGCUCGUUGACGUCAGGAAGCAAGGUGGAGUCUGUAGACCAGUGUACUCGAGGAGGGCGGAAAAAAAAGCUUCAUGUAGAUUCCACUGAUGCUGCUUGGAGGAUGGAGCUUCCAAAAUGUAAGUCCAAGUCCGUCACAUACUUGUUACGAUGUUUGCGGACAUAACGUUUGUCAUGUCAACCUCGCUAACCGUAUUAGCGUGAACAUCCGCCACAAAGAUGAGACUUUGACUAGCUGGUGGACACCAGAGUAGAUGUCAGCACAAGGAGAAGUGUAAAUGUAAGCCGUCCUGCAGAUGAUCUAUUGAUUAGUGUCAUUAGAUGAGACAAAUAUAACUUUAUUCGUUCCUCAGUGGGGACGUUUACAAGUCAGGAAGUCGGUGCUGCCUUUCCUGUCGUGGAUUCAGCCGCACCGUAGAGGAAUGCGUCCUGUAGUUUCAGGCUCUCCAGCCGGUUCUGCAGCUCUCCUCGUUCCAGAUGAACUGGUCGGCCGGGUGCUGGAGUUGCGUUCUUGUUGCGUAAAUCACUAAGGAGCGUCCUGACGGCCCUUACACCUUUUGAAUCAUCUCAUGCGUCCUUGGAGUCACCUUUUUGAAUCAUCUCAUGCAUCCUUGGAGUCACCUUUUUGAAUCAUCUCAUGCGUCCUUGGAGUCACCUUUUUGAAUCAUCUCAUGCGUCCUUGGAGUCACCUUUUUGAAUCAUCUCAUCCGCAGACUCGGGCGAAGACACGAGCGCAUCGGUUCUCUGAGUGACAGCAGACAUGAGCCGGCUUGCGUCCUAGCGCCACCAUGGAGACGACCAAACCCCGGCUGACCCCGUCUGCGCUGAUCAUGGACGCUCAGCGCCGCUCCAGGGUCAAUGGCGCACUGGAGCAGCUCUCCAGGCCGAGCGUGAGUAUUGAGGAGGACGCACUACGCUUCUUAAGUCCGGAGGAGAAAGAGUGCCUCCAGUUCUUCGAGCAGACCAUAGACUCACUGGAGAACAGUCUGGAGGAGGAAGAGCUGAGACCGGGACUGACUAAACCGCCAACAAGCCGAAGCCAUCUUGCGGACGUGAUGGACGGACCGGCCGCAACCUCGGACCUCGACACCGCGGGCGUCCGACAGACCCUGCGGCGUCUCAGUGCAAAGGACCUGGAUAUUAUAGAUCUGGUCCGCCCAGACCCGCACCUGAUGCUCGCCAAAGCCCCGGUCUUCGUUCCUACCAGUCCAGAUUUCCAGAAAAUGGCGGUGAACCCAGAGAGCCACUUUGAAAACAAACCGGGACGUGAUCCAAUGGGAAACUCCGAGCCAGCAGACGGCCCCCCGUACCAGCCAGCGGGUUCUGUCCCCACCCCGGUACUCAUAGCAAAGAAGAUAGCGGAGAACCAGGCAGUAGACGCAUCUUCACUCCACCGCCGCCACAGCCAUGAGGGUGAAAGACCCUUAGACCAUCUGGCAAAGCAGGGUCCUCCUACCUCCGCCAAGCCCAGCAAAUACCCUGCUAACAUCAGCCUGAUUCUCGGCAAAGACCUCCACGAUCAGGCCCCGGCCAACGUGAACCUCCUGGAUCGGCGAGCGCAGAUGUUGGCGAAUCUGACAGGAGCCCCGGAGCAGGGAGACACCAAGUCCAGUGUGGAGCAGAUGGUUCAGAACUUCCCCACCCGCAGAAUUUCCUUCAGGGACCCCACGCCGGAGAAGUCCAGGCUGGAAGCUUUGUCUAAACUGGGCCUCACCACGUCAGGAGUUCCAGGGCUUGAUUCCCCAAGCAGUACUCCACAGAGUCCUGUUGCCAGUGCAGAGACCAGUACCGGCGUCACUCCCAUGCAGUCCAGUGUUCUCCCCCCAGAGAGCAACACCCCCGUUCCAGGGCCGAGGACCACACCCCCACCGAUCCAGACUUAUGUCAGCAGAAGAACAGAGAAUCUUCCGAUUGACCCCCCCAGGACCUUUGACUACAGAAAACCUCCACUCAGCCCGCCCCCUCUGGAAAUGUGUGCCCCCGGCCCCCCGCCCCCCGAGGUGCAUCUGAACAACUUUGGAGGUAAAUCCAUCACGGUCACUCCGAUUUCCUCAAAGAACGAAGCCGUGAGCCCCCCAGGCAGCCAUGACACCAAAGUCCUGCCCACUGGACUGGCCAACCCCAGCGAGUUUAACAGCUAUGGAGGGAAGUCCAAAGUCAUGAAACCCAAUCCCGGAACCAUGACUAAGACCGACCUCCCUGACAUCCUCAGCUCCCACAUUGAUGUCAAUCACUCCCUGCCCGCCAAGUCCGAGUCGCUUCCCGCUGAGCUCAACAGCUACGGAGGCAAGAGUCGUACCAUCAACCCUUCGGCAGGCUUACAGCAGCAGCAGCCUUCAGGAGGCCCGGCGAGGUCCUUCAAAGGCCCCCCUCCAGCCACGGCCCCGAGGAACCCUCUUCAUUCUUAUCGCAACAUCAGCACAGGAACCGCAACCAGAACCUCGUCGCCGUCCGAUCACAAGAGAAGAUCCGGUGCCGCGUUUCGCCCUCAAGGCAUCACGGUGCAGUUCUCCGGUCGAGGCGCCACGGAGGAAUCUCGCAAGGAAGCGCUGAAGAAACUCGGACUGCUGAAAGACUUGUGAAGGACUUGCAGUUUCCAAGGUGCGGCUCGGGAGACCAACUUGGACAAGAAGACGGACCUGUAGGGCCGGUUCUUGUUGCCUGGAUACAAAAGGAUCUGUUUUGAUGACAAAUAUCUGCUUUGUUUGAGAGAACAACAAACGGCUUGUCGGAAUUCCAAAGUCCAUGUUUGGACUGAUCGGGGAACAAAAGUACGAAACCAUCUCCAAGACGUGACAGCAUUCAAAAACUCAAACGCUUAUCUUCUACAGAUGGACUUCAACACAGACUCAAACAAUUCCAGAAUUCAUCCCGAGACGUUCCCAUUCCAGAUGAGAUGAAUAUUCUGGUGGAGAUCCAUGGAGAGAAGAGCUUUUCUGUACGAUGUGAAGCUCUGCUGGAGGUUAUUUUUACCGACUUGUAACCGCACACUCCGGAAUGACUUUGGACUUUUCUCCUGGACUGUGGAACCCUCAGACCACAAGGACUCUCUCGGCUCGACAAAUUGUCUGUUUGCUUAUAUUUCUGUCGCGUUUUCAGACUCCGCCCACCGUAGUUCAGCUACGGUCUCUUCUGAAGUAGAUUUGGUGUCACGGGGUUUCGGUCUUGGGAAUGUUGUUUACAGACUCCGGUUCUCUGUAGUUCAUCUGCAGUUACUAUGAAGUAUCUUCUCCUGCGUAUUGCAUUUAAUGUACUUUACCAGGAAAACUUUCGGGCGUGGGUCGUUCCGCCCAAUCGCAGUACCCGGGAAUAAAAUAUAUCAAUAAACAAUAUUUGUAGUAGUAUAGUUUUUUCCUUUGAAGUACGAGUACCGCACGUUCAAACCACCAAUGAAUGAAGGACGGUCAAACCACUUGCUUUUCUAAAAAAAACUAUUUGCGUCUAUUGUAUAAGUCACAUGGUCCACAGGAAGUUGCAUCAUUCAGAAUCCUCUGCCGGCCGUGGGACGGUCAAAAUGGUACGAUUUAUUUUUUUUUGUAUAUCGGACAAUAGGUUACCGAAAUUAUGUUUAUUCUUCAAUCACUGACAGUCCUUGUCAGGGUGGGGGGAGGCGGGGCCGCUAGCAUACACACAGAGUGCCACCUAAAAAAAAUGAUUUUAUUAGAUUGUAUUAUAUUGUCAUAUUUGUUAUUGAACCUUUCUUAAACGUAAUGUUAACAUCUCGUCUUGUUCUCGUAGACCCAAUGUUGUGUAUUAUGUCGUCUUGUCCUAAACGAGGCUUCGGAAUGGGCUUCGGAAUCCUGAAGACAAAUGAAAAGUUAGCCGAGAUGUGCUAAUAGUGGAAUAUGUUGAUCACGAUGACGCCGUCUACAUAAUCAUCUUUUGUUUUCUUUCGGCUUUUUCCUGAUUACCGAGUCGCCUUUAGUAUAUUCCGGAUGCCCUUCCUGACGAAUACCGAUGAUGUGUUCAUGUUCAUGUUGAAUGUGUCAAUCAUUAAAGGCAGUCAUGUGACUUGGCUGUGGCUG